UUGACGUUUAGAUUGCGUGUCACUUGUAUUUCCAAGCCUCCCAAUAAAAUGCCUCCACACAGUCACCAUAAAGAAUCUGUUGGUGGUUUAGGCAAAAUGGUGAAAAUUUUGUUAACGUUAUUACCUAUAUUAACUGUAGUGAGUUGUUCCCCUAUAAUCAACCCCAAUAUAGUGAAUAAACAUGUAGAGAGAAUUAUUGAUUUAACCUCUCAAUUGGUUAAAAUAACGUCGACUAUAACCUUAGAGAACACCGGUAAAGAGUCGGUGAACAACUUCCACUUAAUCUUCGAGCCUGGACAAGGAGGAAACCUUUCGUAUAGGAUCCUAAAGGAUACCGCUAAAGAUGAGCUUAGGGUAACACCAGUCAAAAUUGAGAACUACAAAGAUACCUUCAAUGUGAAACUGAAUCAACCUCUCAACUCAGGAAAGACUACCACCAUCACUCUUGAAUACAUAUUCACCAAUGCUUUGGUUCCAUAUCCAAGCAGCAUUACUCAAAAAGAAAGACAACUGGUCAGGUAUUUUGGCAAUGUGUACUUCUAUAGCCCUUAUAAAACAGUGAAACAGUCUUCUUCAAUUAUUUUGAGCUCAAGAAACAUUGAGAGCUAUACCAAAGUAAAGCCUGUCUCUGUGUCAGAUAGUACAAUCAACUAUGGUCCAUAUAGUGAAAUUAAACCAUUCACAACUGAAUCAUUGGUUGUGCACUAUGAAAACAAUUCACCAUUUUUGAGAGUUACUAAAUUGGACAGAUUGAUUGAGAUUUCCCAUUGGGGCAAUAUUGCUGUGCAAGAAGAUAUUGAAAUUCUCCACACUGGAGCUAAAUUGCAAGGACCAUUCUCGCGUUAUGACUACCAAAGGGAUACCAGUAGCAAUCAUCACAGUAUCAAGUCCUAUAAAACCAUAUUGCCUGCAGCUGCUCACAGCAUUUACUAUAGGGAUAGUAAUGGUAAUAUUUCUACAUCCCAGGUGAGAGCUAGAAAAGAUUGGAUUGAAUUAGAAUUGAGGCCCAGAUUCCCAUUGUUUGGUGGAUGGAAGAGCUCCUACACUUUAGGAUACAGCAUCCCAAGCUACCAAUAUUUAUACAAGAUGCCAUCAGGAAGUUACAUGCUCAGAAUGAGGCUACUAGACCAUGUGUUUGAUGACAUGCAUGUUGAUCAGUUGGAAACAAAUGUUGUUCUACCAUUGGGUGUAACAAAUGUUCAACUAAAAUUCCCAUACUCUGUUGACAGAUUAUCUGAUGAUAUUGCUCAUAAGUACUUGGAUUCAGUUGGUAGACAAGUGAUUAGGUUAAAGAAAUCUAACUUGGUAGAACAGCACAUUCAAGAUCUGGACAUUGUUUAUGAUUGGCAACCAUUCUUGUUGUUCCACAAGCCAAUUCUAAUUGCAAUUUGUUUGUAUGCACUAUUUUUACUGGUUAUUGUUUAUGUGAGAUUAGAUUUUUCCAUCCAUAAACCAGAAAACAAAAAAGACUAAUUUUAUAUGUAGCAUUUUCACAAUUAAUUUUUUGUCAUUUAUCAAGAUUUGUAAUU